AAAAUCUUUGUUGAAGUAUAAUACAUAAAGAUGUCUCCUGUCCAACGUCCCGAUAACAUUGCCACCAUGAUCAAUGGUGUCGAACGUUACAAUCCCGAAAAUGUUGAAGUUCUCGAAGCUUAUUUAGCCAAGCAAUGUGAAUCCGGUGAAUAUGAUUUAGAAGCCAACUUGGCCAUCCUCAAGCUCUAUCAAUUCAACCCUUCUUUAGCAAAGGAGCCUGUCAUUGUCAAGAUUCUUGUCAAGGCUUUGACUGCCAUCCCUGCACCCGAUUUCAAUCUCUGUCUUUACCUUUUAGCUGAGCAUGCUCAUCUGGAGUCUAUUGAAAAGUUGACUGAAUUACAACAACUCUUAGAACAAGCUCGUUAUGUCAAGUUCUGGCAAUCGGACCUUAAGCCUUGGACCAGCGUUGUCCCUAAUUUUGAAACCGAGAUCCGUCAAGUCAUUGCUCGAGUCAUGUCCAUGUCUUACCAAACCAUCACAGCUGCUGCUUUAGCUGGUAACAUUGGUUUGAGUGGUGACGCGUUUGAUGCUUUCUGUGUCAGCCAACAAUGGCAAAAGACUGGCGACUUGGUUCAGAUCCCCAUCAACAAGGGUAACGAAGCUAAAGCCGUUGUUAUUAGAGAGAACAUCAAGUUUGAACAAUUAACAAAGGUGAUUGGAUAUUCCAACGAAAUGUAAAAAAAUCGGGCAGAGAACAACAAAUUAUCAACAUAUAUACAUACACAUAUAAUAAAAUGAUUUACUUUUUUUUAUUUA